CUGUGCCUUCCCCACUAAUCUGAUGCUAGCUGAGGUCGAAGGCGGAGUUUACUUGUGACCCUAUUGACAGCGUGUGUAGCAGCUAGCUUGAGCAGAGACCUAGAAGCAAAAAUCUGCUUUUCACAUUGUUCUUUACCUUUAUUUUAAUAGUACUGCCUGACCAAAUGCGGAAUAUCAGGUGACAGGACAGAAGAAGGACUUUAAUGGCAUCGGCACAUCUAGCCUUGUGAGCCUUAUUGGAGGUAGCUGCCCAGAAGAGGAUUCUCUGCCAACCCUAAAGCUGCAUCUGGACACAAACAUGCCUUCUGAGAUGUGCCUCAGCAUUCAAAAAAUGCUCACAGGUCAAAGACUCUGUCAGUCCAAGUCACAUAAGGAUAGUGUUCUUGCAGCCUUGAACCAGCAAAGAAAUGAUGGGAUACUCUGUGAUGUCACUCUGAUCGCCGAGGAACAAAAAUUUCAUGCUCACAAGGCUGUGUUGGCUGCAUGCAGCGACUAUUUCAGGGCAAUGUUUAGCCUUUGUAUGGUGGAAAGCGGUGCUGAUGAAGUAAAUCUGCAUGGCGUUUCCAGCUUGGGACUGAAGCAGGUGCUCGAUUUUGCUUAUACAGGACAGAUCUUAUUGGAGCCUGGUGUUAUACAAGAUGUUCUGGCUGCAGGUAGUCAUCUUCAGCUUCUGGAGCUCCUUGGCCUGUGUUCACACUACCUUGUCCAGGAGUUAAACAGCUUCAACUACCUGGACUUGUACAAGCUUGCAGAUCUCUUCAACUUAACCUUGCUGGAGGAGGCAGUUGUGAGCUUUCUUGUAAAGCACUUGUCGGAACUUCUGAGCAACCAUGAAGAAGAGGUCCUCAUACUCCCGUACCGACUUUUGAGAGAAGUUCUGAAGAGCGAUCAUCUAACAUCACUCAGUGAGGAACAGAUAUGGCAGCUGGCAGUGAGGUGGCUUGAGCACGAUUGUCGCUAUCAAUACACUGAAGAGCUUCUGCAAUAUGUACGCUACGGACUCAUGGAUGUGGACACUCUCCAUAAUUUGGCGCAGUCCCACUCUCUGGUGCGCACCAGCAAAACUGCCUCCUCAUUGAUCAAUGAGGCCUUAGAGUACCACCGCAGCACCUAUGCACAGCCAAUCUGGCAAACCUUACAAACAAAGCCUCGUUUCCAGUCAGAAACCCUCUAUAUUGUCGGUGGCAAAAAAAGGGAGAUCUGCAAAGUAAAAGAACUACGUUUUUUUAACCCAGUGGAUCAGGAGCAUGUUCACAUAGCUGGAGUGUCAAACUGGAGUGAGCUCGCCCCCAUGCCAGUAGGAAGGAGUCAUCACUGUGUGGCCGCCAUGGGGGAUUUUCUUUUUGUCGCCGGAGGGGAGGCAGAACAUGCGACUGGCCGCUCGUGUGCUGUAAGGACUGCUUGCCGCUAUGACCCACGGAGUAAUAAGUGGACUGAGAUUGCUCAGAUGAAAAAUUGUCGGGAGCACUUUGUUCUUGGGGCUCUUGACAAAUAUUUGUAUGCAGUGGGAGGAAGAAAUGAACUACGCCAGGUCUUGCCAACAGUUGAGAGAUACUGCCCCAAGAAAAACAAGUGGACCUUUGUGCAGUCGUUUGACAGGUCGCUGUCUUGCCACGCCGGGUGUGUUUCAGAUGGCUUGCUCUGGAUAUCUGGUGGUGUGACAAACACGGCUCAGUAUCAGAACAGAUUAAUGGUAUAUGACCCUGGUCAGAAUAAAUGGAUUAGUCGCAGUCCCAUGUUGCAAAGAAGAGUAUACCAUGUCAUGGCAGCAGUUCACAGAAAGCUUUAUGUGCUGGGGGGGAAUGAUCUGGACUACAACAACGAUCGAAUUUUGGUACGCCAGAUAGAUUGCUAUGAUAUUGACAUGGACCAGUGGACACGCUGCAGCUUCAGUUUACUUACAGGGCAAAAUGAGUCAGGAGUUGCAGUUCACAAUGGAAGAAUCUAUCUUGUAGGUGGAUAUUCAAUAUGGACAAAUGAGCCAUUAGCAUGUAUUCAGGUUCUGGAUGCUAGCACAGAGGGAAAAGAAGAGGUGUUCUAUGGACCAACUCUUCCAUUUGCUUCCAAUGGCAUUGCAGCCUGCUUCCUCCCAGCUCCAUAUUUUUCUUGCCCCAACCUUCAGACCCUACAGGUUCCUCAUCACAGAAUUGGCACUGUGUAAAAUGAAGCAGAAGUUCACUGUGCGUAAUAUUGAAAGAUGAUGCCUCUGUUUUACUCACAAUGGCAUAAGUACAAAAAAGUCAAUCUGGUGAGACUGAAGUGUCAAGCAGCCACUGUAGCACAGAAAGUCAUCUUACCAGUUCAGUGCGACGAAUGUAAACAGUAGGUUGCACACUCUAGGUCGGAAGAAAAAGUUUCUUUCUUCACAAAUAAAUGAACAUUUACUGGAAGGUUAAUUUCUUAAACAAAAACAAAAAAAUGUGGUGCAGCAAAAAAAUAAAGCUGGGUUGAAUUUGUAAACCAAAACAUAACUUGUAUAUAAUCCUGAUCAAUAAAGCUAGCAAAUGUCUAAAAUCAAGAUAAAUGAAGCAUACAGCUCUUCACUGGAAUUGAGAAAAGGAGCAAAACAUUCAUAAUUGCAUAAAUGUACUCUUUCUGUUAGACUUGAAAAUGAUUUAAUAAGCAUCUCUCUGAAAAAGUGCUUAAAACACUGUAAAAAUAGGCACAACUUUGGAUCAUACGGCUUUCCGGUGUACAUCUCAUUUUCUUAAUCAUCAGGGGGUCGGCUCAUUCAAAAAGACGUGCCAAACCACUGCUGCACUGAAUCCUUUUGCCUGCUACGUCAUGUAUAAGUAUAUCCAUAAAUAUUAAUGAAUUCAUUUUGCUCUGUAUUUAUGUCUGAAGAGAGAAUGAGAGACACGCUAUAGUGCAAAUUUAAUGCAUUAAGCUUUUAGAGUGUGUAUUACCAAGUGAACCACUGACAAAAACAGAUGGCGUCACCUCCUCCAUGGCAGUGUUAGCAUUGCAGCAUGCACAACUGCCUGGCAUCCCCUUUUUUCACAAUGCUUUCCAGUACAGCUCAUUUUUUUGCUUGGCUGGGUUAAAUGAAGUCAUAACACAAAUGUGAUAUUGUUAAAAGGAUAAAUUAAUUUACUUUGGUACUUUGGUUGACUUGAAAUGUGAAGUGUGCUGUCCUUUAUAUGCCUGGACCAUUUGUCUUCUUUGUUCUGGCAAUUUUGUGCCACAUUACUGUAAUAUAACACCAGUUUAAGUUUUACAAUGCAAUAUUAGUAAGAGUUUAUAUUAAUGAUGUUUUCCCAUCAAACAGUAAUUCUCAGCCUAUUGUAUCCUAUACAGUACAUUUGCUAUUUUAUUUUCGUCACCCUCUUUCCAUUCCAGGGUCAAUCACAAGCUGAGUAUUAUGGAACACAAUCCUUGUUCAGAUGUUUGGUUGGGCCAAUUUAGAGCUGCAAGUUCACCUAACCUAUGAUAAGCAUGCAAAGCGGACAUUCAACAUUUUUGACCAGCAUCUACGUCAAUUCCCAAGAUAUUUUAUACCUUUUUUAUUGCUAUUUUUUAUUUAUCUUCCAAAAUGUGGAU